AUGGACCUUGGCGUAAACGCAGAGGGGAACUCAGCAAUACGCGAAUUCAUCGCCGUCGUGCUCGCGGGCUUUGGUAAUGAGUUGCAGCCAUUAACCAGCGAUAACGGCGACGAGCCAUGCCCAAAAGCACUGAUUCCAGUAGCAAAUACACCAGUGAUCGAUUACACCUUGUCGUGGUUGGAGAAGUCAGGCGUGAAAGACGUGCUUCUCAUAUGCCCGGCGACGCAUCGUCCCGCUCUUUCCCAUCACAUACAUUCCUCCACUUCGACCACGCUGGUCAUAGAUGUCGUGCCGUUCGACGAAUCCCCUGACUCAAGUAUCGGUCCAUGUACGCUCCUGCGACACUUUGCUUCGCGGAUCACAAAUGACUUCAUUCUCCUACCCUGCGACUUCAUCCCCCCACCAACCCUGUCCCUCUCAUCUAUCCUCGACAAAUUCCGCACCGAGACUGUCUCGGAUGGGGCUAUUGCAACGACGUGCUGGUUCGAGCUCAAUCGUCUAGCAGACGCGGGCAAAGAUAAGACCAGUCCACCGGAAGAAUGGGGCUCUGCUGUGUCUCCCGCAACGAUUGUGUAUCACGAGCCGUCCGGGACACUUCUGCACAUAGAUACACCGGAUGAUGUGGACCAAGACGGCGAGGAUUUGAAGUUGAAGAUGUCUCUUCUGAAUCUGUACCCACGAACAGUACUCGCAUCACGCUACCAGGAUUCGCAUGUCUAUGUCUGCAAACAUUCCGUAAUCGAGGCGCUACAACAGAAGGAACACUUCGACUCUUUCAAAGAAGAUUUCCUCCCUUGGCUAUGUAAAGUACAAUACUCCAGCUCGAAACGCAAGAAAUACGAACGAGUCCUAAAUCCCAUCACCAACAGUCCCGGGCAAUCCAUCGCCCUGCGUCACUCCACCCUUGCCUCUGCUUCCAACAUCGCGUUGAAGUCCAAAUCCGCUCACUAUGCCCGCGAAGCAACCAUCUCACCCAGUGACUCCGAUACCGAGGAGACUCCCCUUGCUAGUCUACGUGUAGGAGCUGUCAUCCACCCCUACAGUGCCGGCUUCGCAGUACGGGUCAACACACUCCCAGCUUUCCUUGAAGUUAAUCGUCAUUUCCUCUCGCAGACAUCUUAUUCACUCCCCACUGACCCCGCCAACCGCUCCCUAAUCGAUCAAAAGGCCCAGAUUUCCGCUGACUCUAUGGUCGCUGCUUCUACGAAAGUAGAGGAGCGCGUCAGCAUCAAGAAGUCGGUGAUCGGGAAGCAUUGCGUAAUAAGCAGGAUGGCUAGGAUCGUUGGAUGUGUUAUCCUGGAUCACUGUGUCAUUGCUGAGGGUGCCAAAUUAGAUGGAAGUAUAUUGGGCAAAGGCACCAAAGUCGGUCCAAAAGCUGAGUUGAUACGGUGUGUCACGCAGUCUGGAUACGAAGUUGCGGCAGGAGAAUCCUUCAAAAACGAAAAGCUUGAAGUAUCAGAUUGGGCAGCUACGUCCGCAUCUGAGACAGACGACAAUGACGAAGACGGCGAAACCGAAGGCACUGAGACUACUGAAGGCGACGAGGACGAAGACGAAGACGAGGACAAUUGA